AUGGCGGGGUUCCUUGGCACCCCAUCUGGACGGCGCCGAGGACGCGAUGCAUCGGCCGGGCGCGCAGCCCCCCGCUCGCAGCCGGUGGAGAGAGCGCGCGGAGCGCUGCUUGUGACGGCCGGCCUCACAGAUCAUGGGCUGCCGUUGUUGACUACAGUUACACUAUCUGACCGGGUUAAUUUUUAUGUGUCACAGCCACAGGAUGCAAAGAAUCUUGUAGCUGCAUCUUCAGCUCCUGCUUUCAGGGCCCCCGCUGCAGAUACACCUUCUGGAGCAGGUGGUGUGCUUAGAAAUCUACAGCCAAGGUACCGGUCAAGCUUUGUUGGCGGGUGUGCACUUUGGCACCGCUUCUUCUUUCUAGGGAGAUUCAUAGGAGGUGAUCCAGAAAGAGUUAUGCACAACUUCAUCAAAUGGAUACAUCAAGGAAUUUCAUGUGCACCAAGGGAGGAAGGGCCUGCUCUUGGUACAUUUAGUGCACCCUACUACAUAAUAGAGAAAGGCCUAGUUCAAAAGCAGCUUCUGCUUACCUGUCGAGGCAUUAUAGUUACUGGCUUUGCAGUCUAUAGCAUCAAGCUUUUGAUUAAUAGUUUCAGUAAUAGUUCCGACGACACAGAAGCUGGUAAAUUCGAUGGCUUGAAGGAAGUGACUACGGAUUUAAGCACAAAAUUCAGUGACGUAAAGGGGGUUGACGAAGCCAAAGCUGACCUUGAGGACAUUGUUCUCUACCUACGAGAUCCCGAGAGUUUCACUCGCCUUGGUGGCAAGCUUCCAAAGGGUGUUUUGCUUGUGGGCCCACCCGGCACUGGGAAGACCAUGUUGGCAAGAGCUGUAGCCGGGGAAGCCGGUGUCCCUUUCUUUGCGUGCAGUGGCAGUGAUUUCGAGGAGGUGUAUGUGGGUAUUGGGGCUAAGAGAGUGCGGGACCUCUUCCGUGCAGCAAAGAAGCGAUCUCCUUGCAUAAUAUUCAUUGAUGAGAUUGACGUUGUUGCUGGGCGCAGACGUGCAUUAGACCCGCCGUGGGCAAGGCAGACCAUGAACCAGCUGCUUUCUGAGAUGGAUGGCUUCAAGCAGAAUGACGGAAUCAUUGUGAUUGCCGCGACCAACUUCCCAGAGUCGCUAGAUAAAGCCCUCAUCAGGCCUGGGCGUCUUGACCGCCUAAUCCAUGUUCCUACCCCAGAUGUUGAGGGCCGACGGCAGAUUCUUGAGGUGCACAUGUCAAAGGUACGUAUAUAA